AUGAUCGACAAGGAGAAACGCGAGAUUCUUCCUACUUCGGUAACGAAAUCUUACGUGGUGCGACGGCUACCCACUCUAAUUUCGCUUGCAUUUGUGGGAUUUGGCUGGGCAUUGAAUGAGGUGGCUUUGGCAUGGAUCCACGAACGGGUACCCCGAGACACACCACCACUGCCGGAUUUGUGGUUUUCAUGGUUCCCAGAGGUGCGAGGAGCUAUUCGGAUUACUGAAUACAUCAUGCUGAUUCUUGUCGUAAAUGCUAUUGUGGUUAUGGUGACUCAUCAGCACAGAUGGAUUGUGUCGCGACGAGUCUUUUUCUGUGCUGCUUUGUCUUACUGCUUCAGAGCACUCUGCAUCACAAUUUUCCAGGUGUCAUUUUCUGUCCGAUUCUAUCACCCGUGA